UCAUCCGUUCGUUACCCAUUCAACCCGUUCUUGGCCCCGCCCCUGCCAGCCACGCCAGCCAGCUGCCCGGUUUCCCAGUCGCGCCUGCCACCUCGACAUCACCACCACAUUCGGCCCACACCGCAAACGCUCGUUCACCCACCGCCUUCACAUUUACCUCGCUAUACCUACUCGCAUCCCAGCCACGUCAUCCCGACACUCGCUCUCGGACUCCGCCGCCGCUGGUUUGGCCGACGCUCCCACGCCGCUCUCGUAGAGAGUCGCCUGCUCCCUCGACUUAAUACACCACUCUGCCACCAUGCAUCUGUCGCUUUCGAAAGCGCUGCUAGCGCUGGCGGCGACUGCGCUUCCCUUGGUUGCUGGCGCAGACAACCGCCUCAUUGAAUCCAAGUCGCUCAAUCCGUGCAUGAGCAACUCCAGUUUCUCCGCUACGCUCUUCAAUGUCGUGUUUACGCCCGGCAACCGCAGUUUGGCCUUCCACGUCGACGGUAUUUCCAACAUUGCAGGCAAGGUCGAGGCCGACCUCGAGCUGCUUGUCUAUGGCUUCAGCGCCAUGAACCAGGUGCUUGAUCCCUGCGGCAACGAGGACCUCUCUGGCAUGUGCCCGAUGAACUCUGGACCUCUCACCAUCAAAUCGAACUUGGACAUCAGCCAGGAGAUCAUGGGCGUUAUCCCCGGAAUUGCCUACACCGUUCCCGAUCUGGAUGCCGUCGUCCGCAUCAAGAUCAAGGACCAGGACACUAAACAGCUGCUUGCCUGCGUCGAAGCCGAGCUCUCCAACGGACACUCGGUCGAGCAGAAGGCCGUCGCAUGGGUGACCGCUGUGAUUGCUGGCCUUGGUCUCGUGGCCUCGGCCGUUACCUCUGGACUCGGUCACUCGAACACCGCUGCGCACGUUGCUGCCAAUGCCAUGUCGCUGUUUGGUUACAUGCAGGCCCAGGCAUUCAUCGGCAUGACUGCUGUGCCUCUGCCUCCUAUUGUUGCCGCCUGGACCCAGAACUUCCAAUGGUCGAUGGGACUCAUUCGCGUCACCUUCCUGCAGAAAAUGGCUACCUGGUACCAACGCGCGACAGGUGGCACUCCAACUACCUAUCUGUCCCAGCUGGCAUACAUCAGUGUCGAAGUUCAGAAGAAGAGGAAGAUCAAGCGUGCGAUCGACAGCGUCAAAUUCGUUACCCGCGCUGUCGUCCGUCUUGUGAACCGCAGUAACGCUGCUGCUACCGAAGCGCAGGCUGGUGGCGAGCGCCUUGUCUUGCACGGUAUCAAGCGUGUCGGCUUCAAGGCCCGCAUUGAAACGACAAACAUCUUCUUCACCGGAUACACCUUUUUCAUGAUCUUCGUCCUCUUCACCGUUAUUGGGGUGGUUCUCUUCAAAUUUGCCUGCGAGGGUCUCACCAGGGCCGGUAGAAUGAAGGGCGACAAGUUCAUUGACUUCCGCAACGGCUGGCGCACUGUCCUCAAGGGCAUCUUGUUCCGUGUCGUUCUGAUCGGUUUCCCUCAGAUGAUGAUGCUCGGACUCUGGGAGCUCACUCAGCGCGACUCUUCUGGGGAGGUCGUUUUGGCUAUUCUCUCUAUGAUCACCAUGAUUGCUGUUCUCGGCUGGGCCUCGUCCAAGGUCGUCCGCAUUGCACAGCGCUCGAUCGCUAUGCACAAGAACCCAGCGUACAUCCUCUACUCCGACCCUGUCGCUCUCAACAAGUGGGGUUUCCUGUACGUUCAGUUCAAGGCUGCUGCUUACUGGUUCAUCAUUCCGUGGCUCGUCUAUCUUUUCAUCAAGGCUAUGUUCGUUGGUCUGUCCCAGUCCAACGGUACUGUCCAGGCUGUUGCUCUCGUCAUCCUCGAGGCCGCUUUACUCAUUGGCGUUGCCGUCCUUCGCCCCUGGAUGGACAAGAAGACCAACGGUUUCAAUAUUGCCAUCGCCGCAGUGAACUUCCUCAGCGCCGUCUUCCUACUGAUGUUCACUGAGGUCUUCAAACAACCUGGCAUCGUCACAGGAGUCAUGGGCGUCAUCUUCUUCGUCUUCAACGCCGCUUUCUCCCUGAUCUUGCUUCUCAUGCUCCUCGUUUCUUCUGGAUUCGCCGUCUUCUCAAAGAACCCCGACACACGCUACCAGCCUAUGCGCGAUGACCGCGGUUCUUUCAUCAAGUCGCAAACUCAGUUGACCACUGAGCUCGAUGCUUUGGGCGCAACUGCGCGCGGAGAAGGCAAGGGCUCUCACGGAUCGCGUAGCCGUAUCGACGAUGACGACGACUACUCAUCAGAGGAGCAACGCCAGCUCGCUUCCAAGGAAGGUGGCUUCAACGAGCACUACGCUGCCGCACCUCCUCGUAGCCCAGCCAGCACCACACAUACUCAACAUGCACCACCCUCGUUCUACGAUCGCAGCAACGCUAGCCCGGCACCCUCAUACGGGCGGGAAGGCAGUAUGCGCAACGACGCACAACAACGUGCGCAAAAUAACACAAGCCCAUGGCAGCGAGGGGCUGGCUACGACCAACACUGACGCCAGGAGCACGAGGAGCAAGUGGGUAAGAUCAUUGACAUGUAUGGUCAUGGUCGCUCCUCUGUGCAAAACAAGAUCUGAAAUAUUAAUGGGAAACAUUGCGUGUGCAUAUAUCCUGUAUCGAUAUACAUAAUUCCACGAUAUGUCUUUGAGCAUUGGAAUGUGGUCACGAACGGCGGCGUUAUCUUGCCAGCCCUUUCUUACCGUUUGGAAGAAAGCGCAUCGAUCUUCGUUUCAUAGAGGGCG